GUGGCGCUACGGUCUUCUGCUCAAGGAUACGCGAAAAAUCCAGUCCGUUGGAGGAGCAAAGCGCGGCGCGUGGAACCCACAAAGCAACAAAGCAAAAAAGCAGCAAAAGCACAACUGAUUCGCUCGAGUGUGCCUGUGUGAGAGUGUAUGAGUGCGGGAGUAUCUGUGUGAGUGGAUCGGUCCUGUGCUGUUUGGGGCCGUUUAAUUUUAUUAGCGCUUCGCGAUGCGUCAUGAAAAUUGCAGGCAAAACGCAGAAAUACAAUAAAUGAAAAAUUAAAUAUUAAUUAAAUUUUGCAUACGAACCGGGCGGCGAGUGCUGCGAUUCCGCUGAUUGAAAUGUUAAAUAGAUAUUAAAAAUUGAUGGUGUAUUUCGGCCUUACAGUCGGUCCUUCUGCGGGAUAAGUUGCCCCUCUAUAUACAUACAUAUUGUAUAUCGGCAUCUUGGCCUUAUCGGGUGUGCGUGUAUAUGACUUUAUUAAAAUUGUAAAUCCCCAACUCGCGCGUGUUUUUACACAUUGUUUGUGGACUUUUGCGACCGCUCCAGAUUUUCUUCACAUUUGUUGUUGCACUUAUCGCGAUUACCGCACGGAGCGCUCCACCUAUAUUCCACAACCUGCAACGUCCUCGAAAAAAAAUUGAAAUCGGAAAAACAAUGCAACAAUUGGAGAGCAUCGCACACCUCAGUGCCACGCGGCGGCAGCAACAUCAACGGCAGCAACAUCAGCAGAAACAGCAGCAACAGCAGCGCAAAAGUUAUGCCCUGGGCAAAAACUGAAAAUGAAACAACUUAAUUAGUAGUUGUAGGAGUCGAGAGCAAAAAGCCGCGCACUCCCUGAAUUCCGAAUCAGACCAGCAACCCAGCUCAGCCCAGGUCGAGAAAGUGGAAGUAGAAGUGGACGUGGAAGCUAGCACCACGCCGAAAAUUUAGGGAAUAUUUCGCCGAAGGAGCCGCAAACUCCGGUAAAAGUGUUCGCGUGUGAGUAAAAGAGUGGCUGCACUUUUUCGAGAAAAUUAAAUUGAAAACAACAUCAGAAGCGAGGCGAGUAAACAGUCUGAAAUACGAGACGAGCCUGCAUAUAAAUUGUUACACUUUACACAAUGGAUUUGCCAGCGAGAAGGACUUCCACAAUGCCCGUAACAACUUCCUACAAAGCCAACAUCAGGCGAAGCUGCCUGGCUUUAUUCACGCUCUUCCUGUUCGCGGCACACAUCAGCAUGACUUCCGGUCAAAUCGAUUGGGACGACGACGAUGAUCCAGUUUCCACAGUGGCCGUGGAGGCCGUUCUGGGACGAACCGCAUCCUUGCCGUGCGACAUCGAGCCGGAGGCGAAGGACGAUCGGGUGUACAUGGUGCUUUGGUUCCGUGAGAGCGCCGGCAAGCCACUUUACAGCUUCGAUGUCCGAGGACGGCCCUUUGAGAAGGCCCUCUACUGGUCGGACACCAACUCAUUUGGGCCACGUGCGUAUUUCGUUACCGGACAGCAGCCGGCCAAGUUAUCGGUGGACAACAUUCAGCUGGAUGACGAGGGCGUUUACCGCUGCCGCGUCGACUUUCAGAACUCACCCACGCGUAAUCAUAGAAUUAACUUAACGGUUAUUGUUCCUCCGCAUCAAAUACUCGUGUACGAUGCCUCCGGUCGCGAUGUUGCCGGAGCUGUGGGUCCAUUGCUCGAGGGCGAUAAUAUUGUGUUGACAUGUGAAGUGCGUGGCGGACGACCGGAGCCGACGGUGACCUGGCUGAACGGGACGCGCGCCUUGGAGGCGGGCAGUGGGGUCUCCAUGGGCCGCCAUGUGACGGUCAACCGCCUGGAGGUUGCUCAAAUCUCGCGCUCCGCCCUGAACAACACGUACCGCUGUCAGGCUUCCAACACGAAGCUGGUGGCGCCCGUGGAGCGCAGCAUCCGCAUCGAAAUGUUACUCAAACCCACAUCAGUCAAUUUAACCAAUAAGUUGAAGGUCUUCGCCUCGAACACGCAGUACAAUCUCACCUGCAUUGUGGCCGGUUCGGUGCCGGACACGGAAAUCAAAUGGACGCAGAAUAAUCGGCCCUUCAAACGUGGCCAGCUGUCAACGAGCCAGGGCAAUGGAAGAGUCAUAUCCACAUUGACAUUUUAUCCUCAGCCCGAGGACGACGGUACGAUGCUCAAGUGCGAGGGCUCCAACCCACGGCUGCAAAACUCGGCCAUCGAGGACUCGCUCAUGAUGAAUGUCAUCUAUCCUCCACAGGUAACCUUGUCGCUGGGCUCCACACUGCGGCCGGAUGACAUAAAAGAGGGCGACGACGUCUACUUCGAGUGCCACAUCAAGUCCAAUCCCAAGGAGCACCGCAUCAUGUGGUCGCAUGACGGCCAACCGGUGACCCAGAAUGUGUCCUGGGGCAUCAUCAUCUCCACUCGCUCCCUGGUUCUCCAGCGAGUGGGUCGAGUCCACUCCGGCUAUUACGCCUGUUCCGCAGCCAAUGACCGCGGAGAAACCCAGUCAGCUCCGGUCAACUUGAGGAUACGAUAUGCGCCCGUCUGCAGCAGCAGCACCAUCACCGUGAUUGGGGCCUCCCUGGAGGAGGCCGUGCCCAUUCCGUGCCGCGUCAACUCGGAUCCGCCCGAAAUCGACUUCGAAUGGACCUUCUCCACCAGCGGAGAGCACUUCGAGGUGCCCUCGGGCCACUACGCCACCAUCCAGGACCCCACCAUGACCACCACCAGCGAUGUCCGGCGCACCGUCGUCGAGUCCAACGAGACGCACUUCGAGAGCUAUGUGGAGACCGUCAGCGAACUGAUCUACACGCCCAAAGGAGAGCGGGACUACGGAACCUUGGCCUGUUACGGCCGGAAUGCCAUUGGAAAGCAGUCUGAGCCGUGUGUGUUCCAGGUGGUGCCAGCAGCCAAGCCGGGGGCACUGCGAAACUGUACACUCCGGCCGUAUGUGGUGACCUCCGCCUCGCUGAACUCAUCGAAUCAGACGACAAUGCACGCCAAUCAAAUGCUGCCCACACAAUACGGCAGACACGAGUCGAAUUACCCGCACAUGGAGUACGUACGUGAGCGCCAUAACAGCAGUGGCAGCAACAAAGCAAAUGGGAAUGCGAAUGCGACUGCCCGGAACAAUGUGGCCAAUAAAAAUAUGGGGGGCAAAACAAGUGCUGGCCAGGCCAAAUCUAAUAAUAAGCAGCUCAGUCAGCAGCAAUUGCAGCGCCUCAAGAAGCGGACAUCAUUCACACCGUCGCAGACAUUGGCAGCUAUCGAGCGGCAGCGGCAGAAGAAGCAGCAGCAGCAGCAACAUCAGCAGUCACAGCAGCAACACCAAGCCACUGCCGGCAAGUCCGGUGGCGAUAGCAAACCUGAUGGAUCGCCGGCCAAGUCGCCAAAGCAGCGAGUGCGGCGUGCCAGCCAAAUCCCGCAGAGACGGCAGCAACAUCAGCUGGGUGCAGCAUCAAUAACCAGCCAGCAGAAGCCGGCAGAAUCAAAUUUAUCAAUGUCACAUGUAGGCAAAGGCAGCAGCAGCAGCAGCAGCAACAUCCACAGCAACGGGAACAGUAACAAUGGCAAACUGCCAGCAAAGUAUUUUAAUAAGCGACAGAAAAACAUGCACAAACAGAAGCAGCUAGAGCAACAGCAAGAGCAAUACAAACAGCAACAGCAGAAGGAAACAAACGAGCACAACAGCAAUAUAAUCCAUCAUUAUGCAACUUCGAGUUCGAGGAGAAGAAAACGGCUGGCAGCAAAUGACAUCUUGGCAACUGCGGCGGCAGCAGCCACAUCGGCAUCAUUAUCAUCCUCCUCGGCAUCCACCUCAUUGGCAGCCACUGCCACCGUGGCGGUGGAAAUCGAGCAGGAUGUUGCUUCCGCCAGCAGCAGCAACAACAAGAGGUCUCGCAAAUCCCUAACCAUCCUUGACAAACAGCAGCAGCUGCAGCAGAAGCAAAAGCAGCCGAAGCAGCAGCAACAGUUGCUGCCGCCGAAUGCCCCGCAAAUAAGCAACCAGCCGGUAGCAGCAAUUAGCGGCAACAAUGCCAAGGAAGCAGCAGCAACAUCGGCCCAGGUUGCAGUUGCAGCGGGAGCGGGAGUCAAGGACAAGACGUCCUCCAAGGAAGACUCCGCUGACAACAACAACGACGAGGACGAACACGAAAAUGAAAAUGAAAACGACGACGACGACGAUGAUGAUGAUGAUGGGGCAGAGAUGGAUGCUGAAACUGAGACUAAUGACGACGAGGAGGACGAGAAUGGAGGGGCAGGGGACCAUGAUGACGAUGCAGACCUGGAUGAAGACGUUGCCCAGCUGCCCACCGAUGCCGAUUACUUGGCCGACGGUCCUGUGCCCAGCGACCUGGAGGAGUACGAGACCGUAGAGGAGGUGGAUGGGCAGCCGAAACACGUUCACAUGUUGUCCCUGGAGGAGCAACUGGAUCUGGAGUCGCUGGAGGACAAUGUCGAGGAGGAGGAGGCUGGCAAUGACGAUGACGAUGGCGAGGUCGAUGAUAUGUACAAUGUUAGCGAUGAUGACUUUGUGGCCAGCGUGGCUCUCUCCACAUCCGACACCACGGCCACAACCACCGGCGUUCAAAGGACAACGGAAGGACCUCACAUCCAGGACAAAGCCACCGAGUCCGCCGCUGAAUGGCAGCUUCCUCAUUUCGACUACUCACGCAUGGAGUACAGCUUCAGCAACGGAGUCGUCACCCAGAGUCUGCUGGGCGGAUCGGGGGCCGGGAGCGGGAGCGGACACGACGGCUUUGCGGGCGGCGGAACCAUAAAUUUCGACAACUACGACAACAUCAUCUACUCCACCAUGGAACUAGAGUGCAUGCCCGGCUACGACGGCGGCCUGCAGCAGCAGUUCUUCUUGGAAGCCUACGAUUCGAAGACCAAGAAACUGAGGCUCAACAUGAGCAGCACCUAUGUUGACGUGCCGGUGUUCCGGAUCGAUCUAUCAGAUCUGAUGCCCAUGGACUACUAUCCCGAUGCCCAUCCUGCUCUGCACCUGGUCGUCUACAGCGUCAAUCAGAAAGGCCGCUCGGAGCCGAUUGUCCUCGAGAAUGUGCCCAUCAAUGAGGCGGACAAGCGUUCAGAUGGUCGCAUGGGCCUGUCGAUUUUGCCCCUGGCUGCCCUCCUAGCCGGCACUUUAUUCACCGUGGGCAUAGCAGUUCUAUCCGUGGUGGUCAUCGCAGUUCGCAGACGUCGUGGCCAAGGAGCCCGGAACAUGUGCGAUGACAAGGACAAGCACCUGGGCAUGGAUGUGACGGUGACGGCGCCCCUGGAAACGGGAGCUGGUCAUCAGCGCCUCGUGGUGGCCUACACCCUGAAGCAGGGCAUCGAGAAGCAGCCGGACAUAUUGAGCGCCCAGAAGAGCGCUCCAACUGGCGGUGACGCCUCGUCGCCGCUGGGAAAUCGGCCGAGUGGUUUAUUCGCCGGUGGAGGAGUGGGUGGUGCCGGUGGUGCAUCUGGCGCUCCCAUGACCGGCAGCACUGGCGGCCACAAAACCACGGAUUAUGACGCAAAUGCGCCGCACCUGAACAGCCCGCCCUCGCAGUCCAGCACCUUGAAGCUGGAGAGUGACCCGGCGGCGGGAGGGGGCGUGGCCAGUGCCCGGGGCGGAAACGGCCCCCCACUCCUCUACGACGCCAUGCCCACGCUGAGUCGCUACGAGCAGCUGGGCCUGAGCAUGGCCAGCUACUCAGCCGGAGCAGCGGGAACAGGGGGCAGCAGCAGCACCCUCAGCUCCGCCGGCAGCACGGUGAGCAGUGCAAUGGCCGCCAACGGAGGCGCCGGAACAGGUGGCUAUGCCGCCCACCUGCACCACACGCUGCCCCACAACAUGGCCCCGCAGCGGGGCCACGAUCCGCUCAACCUGGCCGACUACCUGACCACCAGCAGCCUCAUAGACUACGGCCUCAACAAGCCGCCCGCUGCGCACAUGACGCUGCCCAAGGGCAUGGGCUUGGGCCUGGGGAUGGGGAUCGGAGUGGGAGCAGGAGGAAUGGGAAUGGGUCCUGGAGCGGGACUGGGCAUGGGAUCCGUGAUGGCCGCCGGCACGAGCCUGUCGCCGUCGCAGCUCAACACCAUCACGCACAAGUCGGCGGCAGGACGCAACCACAUAAUCACGGACACACUGCCAGGACCAGAGAGCUGCGUCUAAGGACUGUCAUCCUGGCGUCCUGGCAUCCUGGCAUCCAACCAAAAGACUGGCGCACAGCAGUAGCCCAAAAACACAGCCGAAUCAAAGUGACAGCGAACUAACUACUAACUAGUCUUGUGGAGCUGCGGUCAAAUUAGUGGUGGGGAGAGUUUCAAAAAAAAGAUUAUAAAGUCUUUCAGUUUAACUGGUUUGGUUUCAUUUACCAAUACAGAAGGCCAAGGCUGCAAGUAUUUCCAAGUAUAAAACUACUAUUAUAAGUUACAAUUUCCAACAAUCCGACUUGAAUGAGUCCUAAAGGGAUAAUUAUUUUAAUACAGUAAAUAGUCAAAAAUGUCAUCGAAAAAUUUCAAAUCUAAAAUGGCCGUUUAUUAAUUGUUUAACUUUGUGACAUAAGCUUUAGAUACAAAUAGAAUCUAUAAACCAAUUUUAAUUUAAAAUCAAAUCUUUUGUUAUGAAGAAAUAAUUUGAAAAAUCUUUAAGGAAG